AUGACUGAUAAUGGUGAGAGUGAAGUUGUGGCUAAAAUGGCACAGAAAGCCUUUGCUUCAUCUUCUAACUACGAGAAUGUUCGUGCCAAUUAUUCUUUCGAGGCAGUAGAGUUUUUUUUGCGCAAACUUGGCGUGAACUGGGACAACCAUGACAAAGCCGCAGAGAACCAAACAGAUCGCCCUUUUAUUAUCUUGGAGGUCGGUUGUGGCACGGGAAAAUUUACUCGCGUCAUGUUAGAAGUGUUGAAAGACAAGAACGUGAGAGUGAUUGCAAGUGAGCCACUGCAAAGCAUGUGUGAGCAGUUAAAACUUAUGGUGCCUGAUACGGAAAUUAUCCAAUGCCCCGCUGAGAAUAUACGUAAGCUGCUUGAAACUCUGUGUUUUUUUAAUUGUUCAUUUAGUACUUCACCAAUACAAUACCUUAGAUGUCAUCAUUUGAUCUCUUUCGAAUUGCCUGCCACCUUCUUCAAUUUUUUGAUACUAAAGCCCUUGCAAGGCUAUCGCUAUUAUGUGUAUUAUUAUUAGGCUUAAGAAUUUCUUUUUGUUCUAUUUCUUUUUUGUUUCCAAUAAAAAGAGCCGUGCUUAUAGUAGGCGGAGAUCCCAGCCCUGCCGGGAAGGAAACAGAGAACUGACAUCAUGUAUGAAAGACACUUUGUUACCUGAUGCAUGUGGGACCGUCAAAAGCGGAGGAGAAGUGAAUGAAAAGGAGGGGGGAAUGGAGAGAGAAAAUGGGCCUUUCCCUUUUGUGCUUUUCUCUAAUUCGCCAUUUGCACACUCCCAUUAUAAACCUUGUUUGCCCCCCAAGAUUUUGCAUAAGCAGUGUCUUUUAUUUCUCUUGGGACGACUGUAAUACCCACCCUAAAGUACAAGAACCUAUUUUGCCAGACUGCAAUUAAAACAUGUAAGUAUAUUACUGUUGAUUACCUUCACCUUCCCUUCUCCAUCUCUCUCUCUCUCUUUCUCUCUUUGUGGUCCUUAUUUAAGCAAGCUAUUCGGGUGUGCUCUGACAGCGGGGGCAGGAAAAGGAAAGAGUCUUGCAACUACAGGUGUACGUCUCUGGAAUUUGAAUAUCUGCAUCAAAAAAGUUGAUUCAAAAUGCUGAUUGGUGGAGAUGACAUUAAGAAUGGCGUCACUACCCUUGGCGCUUGCUUUUACAUGUUUUUCAAUGUUUUUUUACAUUUGCACUUCUUUCCACUUCGUGCUGAUUGGUGGAAAUCUGACAGCUCAGUCGACGGGGAGCCAUAGGGGAAUUGGACGCAGAAUUCAAAUUCCAGAGAUGUAGUUGCAAGCUCACCUCUCCUUUUCCUGCCCCACCGCUAGAGUGCCCCAGAGAGCUUGAUUGCAGGCUAACCAAUCAAUGUGGGCCUUUACAAGUUAAGAGCGAAUGCACAGAAAAAUCGAGCAAACCGUGGCCACAGCUCAAAACCUAACCUACCCUCAUUUUAAGUCUGUAAUAAGGUUUUAAUGAAUUUAUAACACUGCUGGGGUUUAAAUUUCAAAAUGCGGCCGAAUUUGGGAAUUAUUUGAGAUUUUCGAUUUCAACGGUCUGCGGGCCUAAAAUUAGCCGCCGAACACGGCAAUAUAGCCUAGCGACAGAAAUGAGCUGACUUUCAUAAACGAGCGAAUAUAUUGGCAAUCUUUCACUUAAAUCUCAAAAAACAGAUAUUAACAAUUUCUAAACAGCACAUUUUUUUAGAUUUAGAGAAUAAAAUAUCGACGAACGAGCACAAAUUUGAAACGUAAUUUGCAUAAUGCUUAUAAAUACAACAAUUUACCGCUAAAACCAAAAUCGAAUUUUCUAUAUGGGGGAAUUCUCCAAAUCACCCCAAAUCCCGCUUACUACCUAACGAGAUAUGGUACUUCAACACUAUCUGAAAGUUAGUCUGGUGUUCUUGCGAACGCUUGUAAAAUAGACUGAUUAUUUUGAGGUUAUUUUGCCCCAAACAACCGCUAAUUGACCCCAGGGUCAAUUCAUACGUGCACGUCACCUUAGUUUUAUGCGUCGAUUAAGGGAGAAACUAACAAGAUUCUUUUAAUAUGUACCUGUUUUAAUGAAAUACACGCAAUCUUCAAAAGGAGAGGCCGUUCAAUGGAUAAUUUCUGUUCUUGAGAUCUUGUAGAUUGUACUAUGGCGUCUGCGACUGGACCUGAGUCUAGGUCUGUUUUCCCGUGACUGCGAAAUCAGAAUAACAUCAUGAAAUAAUUCUCGCUCGAACCUUCGUAAGUGAAUCAGCUUUGCAGUGCCUUACCUGAGAUAAAAAGUGGGCCGAAUAGGAAAACAUUCUAGCGCAAUUUGGAUCCUUUGCAGCACGUAGUGUAUUUGCUAAGCGGCGAUGGUAUCAAUGACUUUUUUAAAAUUAGUUACUCACCUCCGAUUGCGUGACCAGGCAAUUAUCGAUUGUCUCCUGCGAAAAAUAAGUGCAGGGGAAACCAAAGCUUUCGGGAUACAGUAAAUUCAUUUUCCUGUAUGACCAGGUGUCCUUUUGUCCUAUUUUAAAAGCGGUUAACUAAGAUGAUUAGCAAACAUACUGUCCCACUUUUAAAAAUGGUACAGAAGCUGAAUGUUCUGUUCUUCUGAUUUUACCUCCAACCCCGGAGUGUUCAGAAGAUAUAUUUGCACUACGCAUGAAAGGGAAAUGGAUCAAAUUUUAAGGUUCAAGGCGGUUUUAAGGCAUGGGUUACCAGUGGAUUAGUCAGACUUGUCAUAAGGUGCAUUGAACAGAAAAUUACAGGCAUGAUAUCUCUGCUAUGGUAUGUCCAUUAAGUGAUUUUCCAGCAAACAUUAUUUUUUGACUUUUUUACCCCAAAGGUUUUUUCCGUUCAAUUCUUAUCUAUGAGAUCUAAACUUAGUUAAAUUUCUGUAAUUUGUUGUUAAAUGCAAUUCUGCAAACAACUAAGUAUUUAAUUUUCCUUAAAAGCUACAUGAAAUUGUACUGUUUAGCCGUAAAUCAUUAAAAAGAGAAAGCAUCAUGCUUUCUCUUUUCAAGUCUAGUAGGACUUAAGCAAUGACAUUGCUUAAGUCCUAGUAGUUGUUCUCCAUGUCUGCUAAGGAGGAAAUAGUUUGCUCUUUUCAAGAAAUUGUUCUUGCCCAUGGCGGUUUCAAACCAAGGAUAGCAGCAAGUCUGUCGUGGUCAUAUACUGCUACUUCAGGGCAAACGAAGCAUAGGCGCACAAAUCAGCGCUUGCGUUUAGUCAGGUGCCGAAAAUGAAGUGGAAACUUAACCCCAAGGGCGUCCGUGUUCGCUCCGGCUCCAAAAGGUAGAAUCAGUUGUACAGUAAAAAGUAAAGCGAAAAACCUGCGGGGGCUGGGGAAAGAAAGGCGUCUUAUUUUUCUUUGGCUUGUUCUAUUUUCGCGACGUGGUACAGGCUACGAAAUACUGACAAGCUCAGUAUAUGUCUUCACCACCGAGAGUCACUUGCCCUUAGCCGGACACUCCCCUCACGUAUCAUGUUUCGUUCCUAAAGUUAUUUCAAACCAUAGAACCAAACCUAAUCAGCGGCCGAAGGCAGAAAGGGGGAUGAGCAAACGGAUGUCACAGCAUAUUUUGCAAGAAACUGGUAUCCUUGUGCCUAUCGGCUCAGGAACGAUUGAAUACUACUAGAAUUAAUAUCAGGGUCAGAAUUUGAGUGCUACAAUGGGAGGAAGGGAAGAAAAGGAAACCGCCGCGCACACCUGUUAAGUCUUUUAUAAACUUCUCGUCCUGACGGUUUCAAAGAAGGGCGUUGUGGCUGCUAUUUAAUUUACAGUGUCUGUUGCAGGUGUCGAAUUAAUCUUACAGCAACUGGUAACGUGGCCACGCCUGCUGAAACUGAGAUUGCUUGUAGGAUGAACGGCUAUAGUUUGGUAUAUUCACGAGCGCGUUUUGUCCAGUGAACUGAGUGCGUUGUUUUUCUUAACAAAGGGAUGGGGUGGGUAAAGUGAACAGUUCGGGGAACGUAUGCUCUCUUUAGCGGGGGUAUAUUUGUUGAUAUCAGGAGUUCUGGCCUGGAUAGAGUCGUUAUAAAGCUAUUUUUGCUUCGGAGUAUCGGUUUACCUGAAGCUGAGCAAGGAAAAGUCAAUGGUGCAUUUAUGGAAUAAUAAUAGCGAUUCUCAUGGUCUAACAGUGCGAAGAUUAGACUUCUGGUAAGGUGGCAACGAUCAAGGCCCGCAUUAUAAUUCAUGAUAAUUGAAGGUCAUGAUGUGGAAAAAGCGACUGAAAUGGUGGAUGCCAUGCAACCCUCUCGGGUGGGGGCGGCGUACCUGGCCUUAACGGUUGCCCUUGCGACAGAAGGCAAGCAUGCCCAGAUUGUCCACGGGUUGCUAAAUGAGACCGUCCCUUUCUUAGUACCCGUUCCCUGUCUUAUAAUUAGACCCGGGCAAAUUUCUGGAGAUUGCACCAUCGUUUUGGGCUUAAAGCUUCCAAAGUCCAACAAUAAUAGCGCAUGUUCACGACGGUUUUUUAAGUCAGUGAAGUUCUUAAACCAGGCCUUAAACGGCCAGUUUUAAGUGUCGAUAACAGUUAAAAAGGCAUACAAGCCUCAUGCAAAAGACAGUGGGAAGGAAGUGCACAUCGGUGAUGGGGAAAAAGGAGUAGCCCACAGUUAUUUAGGGGUGGAUAUUUCGAAACAUUCUUACACUCUUGGACAGAUGUGCAUUGUUUAAAGUUCUAGACAAACCAGGUGUAAAUUUAUAGUAACAAACUGUUAAAUAUACAUCAGCAAGAUUUUGAGAAUCCUAUUUUUCGCUGGAGACUAUCGUUUACUUGCUGGUCACGCAAUCAAAGGUAACGUACUUUCCCACGUUUGUUUACUCACCUUUCGCUCAGCAAUACACUGCGUUCCACAAAGGAUCCUAAUUGCGCUAGAAAUGUUUUGCUAUUCGGCCCACUUUUUAUCUCAGGUAAGGCACUGCAAAGCUGAUUCACUUACGAAGAUUCGAGGGCGAAUUAUUUCUUGAUUUUAUUCUGAUUUCGCAGUCACGGGAAGACAGACCUAGACUCAGGUCCACUUGCAGACGCCAUGCUGCAAUCUACAAGAUCUCAAGAACAGAAAUUACCCAUUGAACGGCCUCUCCUUUUGAAGAUUGCGUGUAUUUCAUUAAAACAGGUACAUAUUAAAAGAAUCUUGUUAGUUUCUCCCUUUUAACGAGCUCAAAUCGACGCAUAAAACUAAGGUGACCUGCACGUAUCAAUUGACCCUGGGGUCAAUUAGCGGUUGUUUGGGGCGAAAUAACCUCAAAAUAAUCAGUCUAUUUUACAAGCGUUCGCGAGAACACCAGACUAACUUUCAGAUAAUGUUGAAGUACUAUAUCUCAUUAGGUAGUAAGCGGGAUUUGGGGUGAUUUGGAGAAUUCCCCCAUAUAGAAAAUUCGAUUUUGGUUUUAGCGGUAAAUUGUUGUAUUUAUAAGCAUUAUGCAAAUUACGUUUCAAAAUUCUGCUGGUUCGUCGAUAUUUUAUACUCUAAAUCUAAAAAAUGUGCCGUUCAGAAAUUGUUUGAUAUCUGCUUUUUGAGAUUUAAGUGGAAGAUUGCCAAUAUAUUCGCUCGUUUAUGAAAGUCAGCUCAAUCCUGCCACUGGGCUAUUUUCCCGAGUUCGGCGGCUAAUUUUAGGCCUCCUGACCGUUGAAAUCGAAAAUCUCAAAUAAUUCUCAAACUCGGCCGCGGUUUGAAAUUUAAACCUCAGCAGUGUUAUAAACUCAUUAAAACCUUAUUACAGACUGAAAAUGAGGGUAAGUUAGGUUUUGAGCUGUGGCCACGAUUUGCCGAUUUUGCUCGAUUUUUCUGUGCAUUCGCUCUUAAUACAGGGUUUGCACAGUUUUUUUUUUUUUUGUAGAAAAGUCCUCAAAUGUCUGUGCCAGUCCUCGAAAAGUCGUUAAGAAAGUUCUUAACUUUGAAUGUAUUGGCUUGAAAAGUGUGUUUUAAAGCUUUUUGGUUUUCCAAGAGCGAAUAUAAAUCAUAGCUAAGUGAAGUUAUAGCGGAUUUAAAUAAAAUAUUUUUUGUUUUAUGCAGUAAGUAACUAUCAAUGAUGUUUAAGAUAAGUGAACUGAAAAAUUUAUAGCAGUUGGUAAAGGAAACAGUUCAAGCCUUAAAGUCCUGUUAGAUUGAACUGGGAAAAUUAUGUGCAUUUUUUUACAGUUAUCUGUGAAAAUAUGUUCCUGGUAGGUGGUCCUUGGAAAGUCCUUAAAAAAUGGUUGCAUUUUUUUGCAUGAACCCUGUAAGUCAUCUUUUACUAAGAUGAUAAUGUUUGAUGGUGAGCAACAAGCUUAUAUGUUGAUUUCUAUUAAAAGUUAUAGUUCUUCCCGGUUUUUUUAGCCCUUCCUGAUGCAAGUGUUGAUGUAGUGAUUGCUGCUCAAAGUUUCCACUGGUUUACAAACCGAGCUGCACUCAAAGAAUUCCACCGUGUUCUGACCCCAAGAGGCUCAUUUGGCAUGGUUUGGGUCUUACUUGACGACACGGCCGCCAUAUGGUUGAAAGAGAUAAAAAAUUUUCUUCGUAUUUUAGAUGAGAACUAUAAUCUGGUUUUUCCUUUCAUGCAAGAGUGGAGAAAAGUGUUCAGUGAUCUCUCACAAGGCUUAUUUAGCUACCCAGAGGAAUGUAUAGACUUCAAAUAUUCUAGAACAAGUUCUUUUGACCAUGCCUUCAAGAUGUUGUCAUCGUAUUCCCCGGUAGCAGGUGGGAGUGAAAAAGAUAAGAAAGAUUUCCAUGAUCUGUUCAAUGAUGUAACUAAAAGGCAUUUUAAAGAUCAGGGAAUUCCUUUAGAAACUAUUCCAUUUAAGUUUUACAUGUACUGGUGUACUAAGAAAAAUUAA